AAGCGUGUGUUUACACAGCAGAUAGAUAUUUAGAGUGAGGAGAAAGAAAGAAACAGGGAAAAGAUGGCGUCGACAACUCUUCGGAUAUCCAUUUCGCUCCACUCUACUGCUUCCAAGAAAGAACCCUUCUUUCUGAAGGCCAAUCACACAAGUACUCUACCCCAAUUUUCCCUGCUACGCCAGCCGUCGUUACGCUCCACCGGUCUCAGCUUCUCCACCCGCCGACGGCGGAGCGCCACCACCCCUUCUACCACUUCCAAGAAAAUUAACAAGAAAAAGAUAACUCAGAAAAAUGUUGAAAAAGAUGAAGAGAUAGACGAAGAUGCUUUCGAGGCGCUUUUCCGUCAGCUUGAGGAAGAUUUGAAAAACGAUGAAUUAUAUGGUAAUGAGGUUGGUGAUGAUGAUAUAAGCGAGGAAGAGCUUGCUAAACUUGAACAAGAACUAGCAGAGGCUCUGGAGGAUGAUGAAUUAUUUGGGGCAUUGAGCACUGCUGCCAAUGAAGAUGAAGAAGAAGAUGAUGAUGUUGCUGAUGAAGAGGAUGAGAAUGAAGUUGAUGAUGACAAUGAAGAAGAUGAAAUGCCGAUUAAGCUUAGGAAUUGGCAACUCAGGAGGUUGGCCUAUGCUUUGAAAAAUGGUCGCCGCAAGACUAGUAUCAAGAAUCUUGCUGCGGAGCUAUGUCUAGAUAGAGCUGUUGUUCUGAAAUUACUUCGUGACCCUCCUCCAAAUCUUGUCAUGAUGAGUGCUACUUUACCUGAUAAACCUGUUUCAACAAUCUUGGACCCUGUGGAGAAGCCCGUCGAAACCGUUCCAUUGGAGACAAAGACACAUUCGACGAAGCCUGAAGUUGAGGUGAAAGUACCAGUUCAUGUCAUGCAAAGCAACUGGUCUGCUCGAAAGAGGCUGAAGAAAGUACAAGUUGAAACUCUUGAACAAGUCUACAAAAGGACGAAGCGUCCAACUAAUGCCAUGAUUAGCAGCAUCGUCCAUGUGACAAACCUGCCCCGGAAAAGAGUUCUGAAAUGGUUUGAAGAUAAACGAGCUGAAGAGGGAGUACCUGAACUUCGCCUUCCAUAUCAACGCUCUGGUCCUGAAUCUGUCUUCACCAGCUAAGGUGCGUGGAGCUGCUGACCAAGUAACAUGGCUUUAAUCGCAGAAAAUGCAAAUCAUAGCCAAUUAGCUGGCAAAUGUACGCAGGCGGACAUGUACCUAAUUGUUCUAUUGCUUUUAGUUGAUUUUAAUAAUUAACUUAUUUACUUGUUACAGCGUAGGGUCCUUAUGUUUAUCAACUUUGAUGCUGUACCCAAAACAUAGUACAUAAGCAUGUUAUUGUAAGAUUUAAGGAGAAUUGUAUACGACUCUAUGAUUGAAAUAUCAUAAGAGAUAGGAGAUGCCAAAGAUGAAAGGAAGGAGAGGGCAUCCAAGCCUAUCCCAUCUAGUCUGUAAUCCGUAGCACGUACCCUGAUGCCACCCCUAUGCCGGUCCUGUAGAGCGAGUUCCUUUUGUUUGAGUCUAUGAAACUCCGUGAAGCAAGGACGCUUUUAUCUUUUAGCGAGUGUUAAGUUCUUGGCCUUGUUGUGUCACGAAGGCACGAAAA